UUUUUUUUUCUGUUCAUCAACUAGAACGAUUGUGAUACCCGGAGAAACUAAGUUUCAGUAUCCUAAAAUUUACGAACAUUCUUAUUUGCACGUUCAAACGAACGUUCACCAUUUGAAACCCACGUUUGUAUCCAAGGAUUUCAAUCGUUUAAUCUCGUCCGCUUUUAGAAUAAUGGCGGUGGAGCCUUUAACCUCCGGCGCGAGUGGUCGUAUAAACGCGCUCUUCUCUUUGCGUGCUUUGAGAAGUCUCUUGCUAGUUUUAAAUGCCGUCGUUUUGAUGCUUCUUUUGCCGUUACGGGGAACGAUACGCGCCUCCGUGAUGGGUUCCGGGGAGAAAGUGGGGAGGGAAGAGAAACAGGAGAGCCGGAGGAAAGGGUCUUCGUCUUCAUCGGCUGUGGUGAGGGUUCCGGUUGCGAUGUUGCCACGUAGGAGCGCGGCGGUGAUUGUGGACCAGGAGGCUGCUGCGAGGCGGUCCCUGGCGAUUCAGAGGGUGGUUCAAGACGAUGAUCACGAAACGGUGAGGGAGUUUUCGCUGUUCACCGGUGCAAGAGGUGACACGUUAUUCAUUCAGUCUUGGACUUCAGUUUCAGUCGUAGUCAGGGGAGUAGUUGUUCUUUUGCAUGGCCUGAAUGAACACAGCGGGAGGUAUGGCGAUUUUGCAAAGCGUCUAAAUGCUAACGGAUUCAAGGUCUAUGGAAUGGACUGGAUUGGACAUGGUGGAAGUGAUGGGCUACAUGGAUAUGUUCAUUGUCUCGAUUAUGCUGUUACCGAUAUGAAAAUGUUCCUUGAAAAGGUUUUAGCCGAAAAUCCCGGGGUUCCAUGCUUUUGCUUCGGUCAUUCAACGGGUGGUGCGAUUGUUCUUAAGGCGGUACUUGAUCCGAAGGUCGAAGCCAAGGUAUCAGGCAUUAUAACGACUUCCCCAGCUGUUGGUGUACAGCCAUCUAGUUCGAUUUUCGUGGUGCUUGCCCCAGUUGUAUCAUUUCUACUGCCAAGGUAUCAGGUCAGUGUCUCGAAUAAGAAGGGCUUGCCGGUUUCCAGGGACCCGGAGGCGCUGGUGGCCAAGUAUUCGGAUCCGCUGGUAUACACGGGACCCCUCAGGGUGAGGACUGGGUAUGAAAUUCUUAGAAUUACAUCCUACUUGCAGCAGAAUAUGAACAGAUUGAGAGUUCCUUUAUUUGUUCUCCACGGCAUGGAUGAUACCGUAACCGAUCCUCAAGCUUCGAAGAAACUGUAUGAAGAGGCUGCGUCAACCGACAAAACUAUCAAAUUGUUUGAAGAGCUGUUGCAUGAUCUUCUAUUCGAACCGGAACGAGAAACCAUAAUGGAUGACAUAAUCCAGUGGCUAAAUUGUAGAGUGUAAGAGAAGGUGUCUAAGGAGAGUAAACUGAUGAACUCUUCAACUACCAUAGAUUGACAAAAUAGAAAUAGGAACUCUUAAUGCAGUGAGCAAUUCAAGAAAUUUCUUCAAGCCAAG